CACUGAAGGCAGAUGACCUUGUCAGAAAACUGACCUCACAGCAUGUCACUCUCUACAAAGAGAGGAUCUAAAGGAACAGGACUGCAGUGUGAGAGGACAGAAAAGCAAUCAGCCAUCUGCUUGCAGCACAUGAAUAUAGAUGCUUCGGAUGAUGAAGCAAUUGAGAAACUAAGUGAUGAGACGGCAACAUCUAAAGGUCCUGAUUCCAAACCUGCCGUGACAAAGAAAAGAAAACAGCCUACAGAGUGUUUUCUAAGUCAGCCUGGAGGAACACCGGGGAGCACUCUAAAAGCAAAGAAGCGAAAGAAGAAGAAAAUUUCUGAUGUUCUGGAAAAAUCUCCUCCAAAACCUGGUGUCCCUGAGGAUCUACAGAAUCUGCUUAGUCAACAUUUUGGUACAAAACGUUCAGUGAUUGAAAUAGAGGAAUUAAAGCUGCCAGAUUCUUGCUUUUUGCCAGCCAAUGAUCUCACCCACAGUUUUUCUUCAUACCUGAAAGAAAUCUGUCCUAAGUGGGCAAAAUUCCGUAAAAACCACAAGGAGAAGAAGUCGGUGGUGAUGCUGGUUAUCUGCAGUUCUGCCCUUCGUUCCUUGGAACUCAUUAAGUCAAUGACAGCAUUUAAAGGUGACUGCAGAGUUCUGAAAUUGUUUGCAAAGCACAUAAAGAUAAAAGAACAGAUGAAUAUGUUGGAGAAAGGCGUGUUCCACAUUGGAGUUGGAACUCCUGGGAGGAUAAAAGCACUGGUGGAGCAAGAUGGCCUAUGUUUGAACUCCACAAAAUAUAUUAUUCUGGAUUGGAACUGGAGAGAUCAGAAACUAAGGAGAAUGAUGGAUAUUCCUGAGAUAAAGAAAGAAACAAUCGACCUGCUGGAGAUGAGGAUUAUAAAGCUGUGCAGAGAGGGAUCUGUGAAGCUGGGACUCUUUUAAUAGUUUUACCACAAGGAAGUGGUUUACAGGCAGAUUUUACUUCUAUCCUGUCUGCAAGUGGUCAACGGUGAUUAAAUUAAGAAUUUUGAUUUUUCAGAGAUAAUUGAUGCAGAAAGAAUAUGCUGUGCAACUUUAUUCUUAGGUUCCUUUAAAUAAUAAAAAUGGAAGUUUUAUUUGUA